AUGCCUCCGCCAGGCAACGAAUAUGCCGCCGAGCAGCUUAAGAACUCCGGCAACAAGUGCUUCAAGAAUGGCGAUUAUGAAGAAGCUGAGGCGCUGUACUCGCAGGCCAUCCAGAAGAACUCAGCGAACCCUCUGCUGUUCACGAAUCGCGCGAAUGCGAGGCUGAAGCUGGAGAAGUGGGAAGGUGUGAUUGAUGACUGCAUACGGAGCAUCGAGUUGUUGAAGGACAACAUGAAGGCCUUCUUCUAUCUCGCACAAGCCCAACUCGCCAUAAAUCACCCCAACGAAGCUCUUUCCUCAAGUCUCAUGGCCUACGAACUAUGUACCACUUCGGCGCAACAAACCUCAAACGCAGCCACCAUAUCUGCCCUCGUUCUGAAAUGCAAGAAAGCUAAAUGGGAUAUCCGCGAACGAGAACGGAUACGGCGGCGCGGCGAUCUCCUCUCCGACCUUGAAUCUAUGCUAGAGACACAAUUCAAAAAGGACAUGGAUGACAUCGAAGCACGCAUGGAGGCUGGGGAAACUAGUCGAUCAGACGGGCAGGAAGAGAAAGCGGAGCGCAAGACGGAAUUCGAGAAGAAGCGCGAUGAUCUACGGACCGCCUUUGCUAUAUCAGAUCCGGAACAUCAGCAGAAACGCGAAGUACCAGAUUACCUCGUUGAUGGCAUAACAUUUGAGAUUAUGCAUGAUCCCGUUGUUACCAAGAACGGCAGAUCGUAUGAGCGCGCCACGCUGAUUGAGCACCUCAAACGGAGUCCUACAGACCCGCUGACGAGAGAGACACUUACGAUUGGUGAUCUGAGACCAAACAUAGCACUCAAGGAGGCUUGUGAGGAGUUCAUGACAGCCAACUCGGGAUGGGUUUAUGAUUGGUAG